GAGCCUGUCCACCCAUCUAAGCAAUAAAAUAAAAAAAUCCACUUCUGACAGCAAAUUGCUUUUGUGUAAAAACCUAAAUUAAAGAUUUGGCUGUAUGUAUGGUGCGUUACCUUCGUCUUUCCUGUUUUAAAAAAAAAAAUGAAAGCGUAAAUAAACAAAUAAGUAAACUCAAACUCAAAUUGAUAGAAUCUAAAGCACUUGUACAAGAAAAUUACUUAACUAUUACAUAUAUACAUUUUACAUAAAACCCAAGCUUAACAGUAGCGUCAUCUACAUCUACAUCAAGGUGAAUUGUACAUAUUUCAUAAUGAACGAAUCGUUUUUAAAUCCUAUUCCGGAACCUAAGAAGAUUGGUGUUUGGGCAGAAGGGACUCACAUAGAAGCAAAGGAAUUUAUGAUAUCAAACAAAUCACCUGAAUCAACUGACGAUAUUCCUACAAUACCAGACUUAGAUGAUCUACAAGAUAUAUUGGAGAAGGAAAUAUCAUCACUACCAGUACCUACGCAGAAAAACACAGAAACAGUAAACACUUUGACUGAAGUUGGAGGAGGUAUCAGUGGCUCUGCAGACAGCAUUGAAGGGGUGCUUGAAGUACUCAAAACAUAUAUACCAAAGGUGGAGUCAGACAUCGCAGAUACUGUGUGGACAGUAGAUUCGUUACUCAUGCAGUUAGCUGAAGAAUACCAGGAAGGCAAUUCAAACUGAUGUUUUGCAUCACUGUUACCAUUCCACAUUUGUUUACAGUUGGAUAUACCAACACUAAAACACCGAACUAAAUUCCCUUCAGCUCAUCUAGUUUUCAUUAUAUCAAGCAGAUUGUGGAUCAACCACCAAAACCAUAGUGAAAAUCACUUUAGGAGAUUGUUAGACUUUCAUUUUAGCAGCAGGUAAUUAAAUAUCAAACAUAAACAAAUUCCAAAAACCUAUUGGAUACUGACUGCAAUAUCUGUAUCCAACUUGUAUCAAUCAACAUUUAUAUUUUUAACCCUUGAUGUAUUGAAAUAUAGAAUCACGAAAUUUAAUGUCAACUAUGGUUACUCUAUGUGAUUUUACAUGAAAACGUGAAUUAUAGUGGUUAUUGCAGAAUUUAUCGGUAGGCAGCAGGCUGGCUCUGCACCUCGUGAGGAGGCAAUCUCCUCCCGGUAAUGGUCACGGGGCGACCUGAGGGGGUUGAGGCUGCACCGCACGCUACCAUCACUCUAACGCGCUGGCAUCAAGAUGGGACGACGCGUCGUCGGCAGCGCUCUGCGUUGCUGUCGCUGUCGU